AUGGCUGGACCUGAGGAAAGGGGUGGCAGAGGUGCUGGUGGCAGUGGAGAACCCCAAGCUCAAGGCCAACCCCGUGAUUCAGCCAUGACGCCCGUGCAACCAAGUGUUGGCCCACCUAGGGAUGAGCCUAGGGUGUUUGGGCUUGACAAGUUCAAUGGCGACAACUUCGCUGAGUGGUCCUUCAGAAUGGAGAAUGUAUUCGACCACUAUGACCUGCUGGAGGUGAUGGAAGGAACGGAGAAGCGCCCCGAGAACGACCCGGAGAAGAGCCCGUGGGUGCGGAAGAGCGCACAAGGCUAUCUCCUACUUGGGCAAGCGUUGGGGAGCAGCCAGAUCCGUCACAUCAAGCCAUUCCAGCGUGAACCAGAGAAGGGACCAAAGGCAUGGGCUGCUCUCAAGGGUGUACAUGCUCCUGCAACAGCGGCGGUAGCGGUGGUGUUGGAACGGCAAAUGGCGGCACUACGAAUUGAAGAAGACGAAGCGGUUGAAGAAGGGGUGCAGAAAUUCUUCGACUUGUUGACGCGGCUUGAGGGAGCUGAUUUGAACUACAGUGAGCUCCAAAAGAAGACCAAGUUGCUGGCCUUACUCCCAGAGUCAUGGUCCUCUCUCAUCAUCAACCUCAAUCGUAACUUGCCCCGCCUCUCGCUCGAAGACGUGAAGCGAGCGAUCCUUCAAGAGGAUUUCCGUCGCCGUGAGUUGGCGAGUGCGGAUGGCGCCGGGGCAGCAAGCAUCGGCCGUGGAUAUGGCCGUGGAAGGGGCACAGGACGAGGAGGAGGAAGGUUUGGAGGCAGCAACUUCAACGGAGGCCGCGGGAGUAGCAGAUACGGCAAUGACAACAAGAACAAUGGACGCGGUCGCGGACGAUUCGACGGCGAGUGUCAUUUUUGCCACAAGAGCGGACACAUGUGGCGCGAUUGCUACAAACUCCCUGAUGGAUGGACUCCUGCUCAAGGCCAAGAGGGUAGAGGAGCAGGAGGAGGGAGAGGAAGAGGCCGUGGAGGCCGUGGCGGUCGCGGAGGUGGUGCUGCAAGUAUGAAGAGUGCCGGCAACGAGAGCGAGUCGAGGGACGAUCGCUUUCCGGGUCAAUUCUUCUUCGUGUCCACGCAAGCAUCGGCUGGUCCAGAGAAGGAUGAAGGCUUUGAGGAGCCAGCAGCUGUGGGGAAGGUCACCCUACACUCCCUGGAUUAUUGCGUGAUCGAUAGCGGCGCUACCUAUAGCAUGACACCUCGUGCGGACUUGCUCACUGAACUUGAGCCGUCACCGGUGAAGCAUGUGAUAUCGGCUUUGGGGCAGCGAGCAGAGGUGAAAGGCAUGGGCAAGGCCAUGUUCAAGGGUGCGGAUGGGAAGAUGGUGGGCCUCAAGAACGUGCUUUGGGUGCCCAACCUUGCUGCCAACCUGAUUUCCGUGCGGCGGUUGCAAAAGGCCGGCAUGGACACGAGCUCGAAGGGAGCUAAGACCUACACCGCGAGGCUUGGCGAGAGGAUUCUUUGGGACCUUCACGAGGAUAGGGAUGUCUACAACGAGAUGUGGCAGAUCCCUGUGGUACCCAUGCCUAAGGAAAGGCAAGUGGCAGCAAGCAUCAGCACCAAGGGUGAAGCGCAAGCUCGGAGAACACAAGGAGAGGAGAACCCCAAGGCAGUAGCGGAGGAGGAGUACGGAGAGAGCAUGUGGGGCACCAUUGCGAGUGCGGCAUUCUCCAAUCCGACAUCGGCUACGGGGGAGUGUGAUUGGCUCACCUUGCAUCGGCGCAUGGGGCAUGUGGCCCUGCCCAUCUUGCAGCAGCUAGUGAAGGAUGAGAUGGUUGCUGGCAUACGUGUGAAGGGGGAGCCCGAUGAGGUACUUGGCUGCCCGACGUGCAUGCAAGCCAAGUUCACCCGUUACCCGUUCUCUAGUUCGGAGGCAACGGCUAAGGCACCACUUGAUGAGGUGGUGAUGGACGUGGUGGGCCCCCUGAAGCUUGGAGCUGCUGGAGCUGGGUACUUUCUCACCAUAGUGGAUGUCUACACUCGCAUGACCUGGGUGUACGUGCUGUCCAAGAAGAGCUACGUGGCUGAAACGGUGAAGACCGAUUGGUUGCCGAUGGUGGAGCGGCAACAAGACCGGCUAGUGAAGGCAAUUCGCACCGAUCGAGGAGGAGAGUUCCUGAGCAAGGAGUUCUCAUUGUGGCUGAAGAAGAAUGGCAUAAGGCACUCCCUUACCAUGCCAUACUCCCCUGCAAUGAACGGCAUCGCCGAGCGAGCGAACCGGACAAUCACGGAGACGGCGCGUGGGUUGCUCAUUGAAGCCGGGCUACCCGACUAUUUCUGGCCUGAUGCGGUGCGGAGUGCGUGUGUGGCCAAGAACAGAGCCUUGACUCAUGUGGGAGCAGACAAAUGGGUGCCCUAUGUGGAGUGGAUUGGAAGGAAGCCAAAGGUGGAUAUGCUUCGGGUGUUCGGGUGCGUGUGCAUGGCGCUCGUGCCUAAGCAUCUUCGGCACAACAAGCUCGGUGCCAAGGCGAUAUGGGCUGUGCACUUGGGCAUGGCUCAAAACAGCAAGGGGUGGCUUCUUUGGGACCCAUUCACCAAGAAAUUCUUGGUGAGCAGGGACUGUAAAUUCAUGGAGAAUCUGAUGUACAAGGAUUGGAAGGCGGAGAAUGAGGCGAAGAUAGGCAUGCGGUUUGGGGAGGUGAAGAGUUCCGGUUUGGAGCAUGUGGAGCUGCCCUUGGAGCUGAGCAGCGGCAGCACCACCACAAGGAAAUCUUCCCUUGUGAAUGGGGGAGAGGAGGCCAAGGAUGCAGAGGAAGAAGAGGAGGAGGUGCAGCAAGUGAGCGAGCGUGCACCGACACUUCCUUCUCGCACUACGAGUGCUCCACGGAUCCGAGUCACCCCGCAGCAACGCCAAGGCCUUCAUGUCCCUGCAGCUGAGGAAGAAGGAAGGGGAAAAAGGAGAACCCAAGCCCCAAAUAGGCUGACCUAUGAGGCACUGGGAAAGCCAGCCAAGUCAGCUCUGGCCGGAGCGUCACUUAUAGUUGGAGAUGACGAGGAGAGUGACUACGACGAGUGUGCCUUCGUGUUCUUCUCUCCGGUGGAGAUGCCGGGAGAACCAGCAACUCUCAAGGAGGCCUUGGAGAGUAGUGAUGCUGAGGAGUGGAAGAAGGCAAUGGAGAGUGAGCUGAAAAGCAUUGAGGAGAACGGCACGUGGGAAUUGGUGGAGCUACCGGAGGGGCGUAAGGCGAUUACGUCCAAGUGGCUCUUCAAGAUCAAGUCCGACGCCAACGGCAAUAUCGAGCGCUACAAGUCUAGGCUUGUGGCCAAGGGGUACCAGCAGAAGGAGAAGGUGGACUAUAAGGAGUUGUUUGCUCCUGUGGUGAAGCCGACGACGCUGAGAACCCUACUCGCGGGAGCUACCAUCAAAGGAUGGGUGGUGAAACAAAUGGAUGUCACAACGGCAUUCCUCAACGGCGUCCUUGAGGAAGAGAUUUUUAUGGCGCAGCCAGAGGGGUUUGAUGAUGGUAGUGGCAGAGUUCUGAGGCUGAAGAAGGCCCUUUAUGGACUGAAGCAGGCCCCUAGGCAGUGGUACUUGAAGCUGCGAGGAGUUUUGGAGGAGAUAGGGUUCACUCCUUCAUCCGCCGAUCAUUCCUUGUUCAUGCUUGGCGAGGGGGAGCAGAGGAGUUUCAUGGUGGUUUAUGUGGAUGACAUCCUCAUUUUCUCACCCUCUUCUGACCUUGUGAAGGAGGUGAUGCUGAAGCUUCAAGACAAGUUCAAGUGCAAGGCACUUGGUGACGUGAGCUUCUACCUCGGGCUUCACAUUGAACGCGAUGUAGAGAAGCGGUGCAUGCGGGUGCAUCAACGAAAGUACCUGGAGGCAUUGGCUGCCAAUUUUGGGCUGAGUGAAGGCCAUGUGGCUACACCCUUUCCCUCUGGGUUCAAGUGUGUGAAGGGACCAGAGGAGGAGAGCGUUGGUGAAGAGGAGAGGCGUCGUUUUCACUCGUUGGUGGGCAGCCUCAUGUACGCGGCGGUAAACACCCGACCGGACGUCGCGUUUGCUACCGGACAGUUGGCUAGGGUUGUUCAAUGCCCUAAUGAAGAGCAGGUAGCAGCUGAAAUGAGGGUGGCCAAGUAUCUUGGCCAAACACUGACCGUUGGGCUGCAAUAUUCGGCGGCGGCGCAAAGGCGCCAAAAGGGCGCGGAUAGUGUUGAACCCGGGCGUUUGUUCCUCACCGCAUUCUCGGAAGCUUCUUUUGCAUCAGAACCAGAGGACAUGACAAGUGUUGGAGGGUUCAUUUGCUGUGUUGGUGGAGGCCCAACUGCUUGGAGAGCAAGAAGCAGGUGGAUCAAGCAUUGA